UAUCAUUAAAGUACGGCAAUGCAAAAAAAUAGUCCGGACCCUGAGUCCAUAAAUGCCACAGAAAUCUGCAGUUGAUCACAAUACAGCUUGUCCUCUGCCAAACAUAAACUGAGAGGAGUGGGGAGCAGCACCAGCUCUAACCUGGAUGCCGUGCCACACAGGCCCUGGUGGAGUGCAUCGGCUCUCAUGAACAAAGCAAAACAAAGCGGGCAUCCUUGCCCGGUCAACUGAGUCAAGAAUUUCGCAUUCUUCUUAUUGGUUGUUGGGAAGCAGAGUGAAAUUGUGGAGGAGCUAUUUUUAUUGACCAGUCGGGUGCAGCUCUGGAAGCUGUAGAGGAUUAAAAACUCUCGUGCUCUUCUGUUCUUCUCUGAAUCUCCCCUUGCAGCCAGCAGUGAAGUCCAUUUGCAGUCAAGAGCCCCCUCCGUCAAGAUGCCUGAAGCUGUAGAAAAUCAAAGAUUUCGGCUUCUCGCAAGCUCAUGCUUAAGAGCUUGCUGCUGGCAAAAGCCAAAGAAGCAUUGGAGCAAGAAAUGAUGGAUAGAGAUGAAGAAAAAGAAAGAUUUCUCGGAGAACGGGUCCCACCCGUAAAAAUAGCAGGCCUGUCUUUCAGCCAGCUGCAGGAACUGUGCCGUGAACUUUAUGAGAAAGUACAUGUAGUGGAUGAAGAGCGAUAUGAUAUUGAAGCCAAAGUGCAACAUAACAAGAGAGAGAUUCAGGACCUGACUCUGAAAGUUCUUGAUCUCAGAGGGAAGUUUAAGCGGCCCACCCUUCGCCGGGUCCGUGUCUCUGCUGAUGCUAUGUUGAGGGCCUUGCUGGGAUCCAAGCACAAGGUAUCCAUGGACCUCAGAGCCAACCUGAAGUCUGUCAAGAAGGAAGAUUCAGAAAAGGAACGUCCAGUUGGAGUCAGUGAUUGGCGUAAGAAUGUGGAAGCAAUGUCUGGGAUGGAAGGCAGAAAGAAAAUGUUUGAUGCUGCUAAAUCUCCAUCUGGACAAUGAUUUAACUUCACAAGGUUCAAGUCCAUUGUGCUUCCAUUCCCGUUGUCUCCAGCUUUACAUGCUUGUUUUUCCCUGCUUUUGAAGACAUCCAGAAUUACUUGAAGAAAACACCAGUCACAAAGGAGGAA